GCAAAGUCACCGGUUCUCUUGAUUACAAAUUAUUACAAGCAAGAGAAAUAAUCUGUCAAGAAUAGAUUUUUUUUUGCUACAAAUGAAAUGUCCUUGAUUAAAAAAAAACCCUUUCUCUUGAAAUUGACCCUAGGCUCUCUUGAACGUUAAUUACUAAUAACAAAUGCCAUGGGUUUUUGUUCAAAACUGCUGAAGUGUUUGUAUAUUUCAGCAAUUUAAACAAAAUCUGUGUUUCUUUAUUCAAGUAACAAGAUCUUGUAUGUUGUGAAUAUUCUGAGAAUUCUCUCCCAUGCUCGAAACUUGCAACUACCGCACAUUGCAAUCCGUAUUACGUAUGUAUUCAUAUUCACAUGCAACGUGUUAGCUGCCCUUGCUCUUACUUUAUUUUAUUACUUUUUAUAGCUACUAAUGCUACUAUAGUAUUAUUACGCGCAUUUUUAAAGCCGAAAGUGAUUUUUUUCAUUUAUUGACACUGACGUGUAUGUUAUAUCAGUGCGGUAUGGAAAAUGUAAAAAUCUUUUUAAGUAAAUGGAAAUUAAUCCAUUUAUUUAACGUUUUUGAAGAGCAGAAUAUUGACGACCCUUUGUUAAUAAAACACUUGACUAACGACCAAAUCCGAUUAUUGGCUCCUAAUAUUGGAGAUCAAAUUAAGCUGCAACAAGGAAUCAAAAGCCUUAGCUCAGAUCAGGUCGAGGAUCAGAAUGAUGAACCACCAGAAAAGAAACAAAGAGUGGAAUUGCAUGACGAAAGUUAUGACACAACACUCACAGACAACAUUCCUAUCAUAUUUUUGGAAAAUAAUUUUGAAGCACUUGCUAGGCCGUCUACUUCAAACGCAGUAGAGGCCAUUUACGAUACAAUUAGCCAGACGUCAGACACAGUCACUGUCACAGACACAUCGACAGCUUCCUCUUGCACUGUGUAUGAGAGAAAAUCAGAUAUUCAAAUGUCAGCCCUCAAUAACUUUGAUCUUGAAAAAUUUUUAAAAAACGAUAUUUUGGGGGAGGCACUGCUUGUCAAAGGAACCAAACUAAAUGCUUUCAACAACGGAGACCGGGACCGACUAUGUGAACUGCUUAUAAAACAUCUUCUAAAUGAGCACAAAAAACUCAGUACACUGAUAAAACAGAUUUGGAAAUUUACAAUAAAAUUAUUGCUUUUCGGUGACCAAGAAAAUUGAUGUAAAAUCGCAAGCAUUCAGUAAACGAGUACAUUUACAAUUUAUAUGUAACUACGGAUUUACAAUUUCUUUGUA